CUCCUCAUCCGCCAGCAUGACGCUCCCUCCGCGCACACACAUUCUUUCACUCAGCUCUCUCACCCCCUUUCUGCCCUGAAACUAACUUUUAACCACUUUUAUAAUCCGGCUGAAAAUCUGUGAAAUGUCCGCAGAGACGACGGGAGCACGGAUCUGUGAGCAGAGCUUCUGACAGCUGAGCUCCUUCGGCUCUGCCUCAGUCCCCUCUCUGAUGAGACGAUGAGAACCCACACCCGCGGGGCCCCCACAGUGUUCUUCAUAAGUCUGCUGUGGCCCCUGCUGGCCCCGGCAGCGGCGGAGGUGGACCCCAGUGGUGGAAUCCCCUUCAUGGGCGGCAACUACGAUGGUCACCCCAUGCUGUACUUCAGUCGGGGGGACGUGGAGGAGCUGCAGUAUGCCGCCGCGGGGACUCAUCGAGACAUGGCGAAGAGGAUCCGCAAUGCAGGGGAAACCAUGCUGGAGCACCCGGAGGAGUACCUGCCCCCCUGGAGCCCCGCCGAGUUCAGCGCCCGCUGGAACGAGGUGUAUGGGAACAACCUGGGCGUGCUGUCCAUGUUCUGCCUGCUGUACCCGCACAGGGCCGGGGCCCUCGACCUCGCCAAGGACUACAUGGAGAGGAUGGCGGCUCAGCCUAGUUGGUUAGUCAAGGACGCUCCCUGGGAUGAGGUUCCUCUGGCGCACUCUUUGGUGGGGUUCGCCACGGCCUACGACUUCCUGUACGAGUAUUUGAAUAAGGGCCAGCAGGAGCGCUUCCUCCAGGUGAUCGGCAACGCGUCACGCCUCAUGUACGAGAAGUCCUACGUACGAGGGUGGGGGUUCCAGUACCUGCACAACCACCAGCCCACAAACUGUGUGGCUCUGCUCACAGGAAGCCUGGUGUACAUGACGCAAGGUUACCUACAGGAGGCCUACCUGUGGACCAAGCAGGUGCUGUCCAUCAUGGAGAAGUCCAUGAUCCUCCUGCAGGACGUGACAGACGGUUCCCUGUAUGAAGGAGUGGCGUACGGGACCUACACCACUCGCUCUCUGUUCCAGUACAUGCACCUGGUGCAGCGUCACUUUUCCAUCGGCCACUUCGACCACCCCUGGCUCCUCAAGCACUUCGCCUUCAUGUACAGGACCAUCCUGCCCGGGUUUCAGCGGACGGUGGCGAUUGCAGAUUCAAACUACAACUGGUUCUACGGCCCGGAGAGCCAGCUGGUCUUCUUGGACCGCUAUGUGUUGCAUAACGGGAGUGGAAACUGGCUGGCAGAGCUGAUCCAUGAGAAAAGGGUGGUAGAGGGGCCGGGGCAGGCUGGGAAAGGCCAGAGGUGGUGUACGCUACACACCGAGUUCAUCUGGUAUGACCCCAACCUGAUCGCCAAGCCUCCGUCAGACUUUGGUCAACCCAGACUCCACUACUUCGAGGACUGGGGCGUGGUGACGUACGGCAGUGCCCAGCCUGCAGACACCAACCGCACCUUCCUGUCCUUCAAGUCCGGGAAGCUGGGGGGACGAGCCAUCUAUGACAUUGUCCACAAGAACAAGUACAAAGAGUGGAUCAAAGGGUGGAGGAACUUUAACGCCGGCCACGAGCACCCAGAUCAGAACUCCUUUACUUUUGCGCCCAACGGCAUCCCCUUCAUCACAGAGGCGCUGUACGGACCCAAGUACACUUUGUUAAAUAACGCAGUGCUGUUCAGUUCAGAUGACUCAGGGAGCUGCUUUAAACCCUGGACCGGGCAGGUCACAGAGGUCUGCGACUCAAAGUGGCUGAAGUACAAGGUGGGGCUGGCUGCAGACACACAGGGUCGAGUGGAGGCCGCUAUGGAGAGGCAGGGGAUGGUGUUCAUCCGAGGCGAGGGGAGUGCUGCGUAUUCUCCAGAGCUGAAGAUCAGGAACUAUCAGAGGAACUUACUCCUUCUCCACCCACAGCUCCUGCUCCUCGUGGACCACAUCCACCUGGAUCCAGACAGCCCCACCAGAGCCAUGAGUGCCUUCUUUCACAACACGGAGCUCCCGUUCCAGGGUACGAAGAUAGACGGCGUCCAUGGCGCGUUUGUAUCUCACGGCGAGGAUAAAUAUAAGAUGUUCUGGAUGGACGACACAGGCUUCAGCCACAAAGGAGUAGUAGGUUACUGGAAUUACCCUCGAGGGUACCCGUACAAUGGAUCCAACUAUGUGAACGUCACAAUGCCAUUAAGGUACCCGCACUCCAGAGUGGCCUACAUUUUCUUUGGACCAGGCGUUGAUGUCCAGAGUUUCAGCCUGCGUGGAGACGAUCAGAGGGUGGAUAUCUACCUGGCCACCAAGGACCACACCUACACCAUCUACCUGCUGACCGGUGAGGUCACCAGCAAGCCGCUGUUCGCCAUGGUGCUGCAGGACCACAAGAAGAUCGUAUUCGAGAAGACAGAGGCGGCAGCGGUGGACAGCUCACCCGAGGAAGUUGAGGAAUACGUCAACGUCAUGGACGACAACCUCCAGCACGUCAAGCCCGUCUUCCAGCAGAUGGAGAGACACAUCCUGGGACGGGUCCUCAACACGGCCAGCUUCCGUAAGACUGCAGAGCGUCUGCUCCAGUUUACGGACAAGAAGAAGACUGAGGAGGUCAUCGAGAGGAUGUUCGCCAUGUCUAAGAAACAGGGCAAGGGUAAAGGGGGGAAGAAAGUGAACCUCGGGGAGAAGCUGUCUGAGAGUCUACCUGAUCUUUUUGGACAGAUUGAGGUCAACGAGAAGAAGGAGAGACAGAGGACUUCAAAGCGGACGUAUGAUGACAGUCCAGAGGAGGGAGACGCAGAAUCAAGAGCCUUCAUGGAUUAUCCGGAAGGCCGUAAAAACAGAAAGGGGGUCUUUGUGAAGGGACGAAAGUUCAAGGCGGUUCACAUGGGGGCCACAGCGGGGAGCGAGGGUCUCUCCAGCGCCGCCUCCUACAUCAGACUCUUCCUCCUCCUGAACACGGCCACCUUCUUCCUGCUGCUGGCCGUGUUACUGACUCGCUUUCAGAAGGGGCGGAGCUUGCACACGCAGAGAUGCUUCUACACCAUCCUCCUCAUAGACUGCUUCAUCUUACUGUACCUCUACUCCUCCUGCUCCCACUCGCAGUGCUAACAUCAGGAGUGUGGGGGAGGAGUCAUCCAACCACAGAGCUAAUGAACUUAACUCAACGCACCCCACGCCUCAGUCUGAGCCAGGUCUGAUGACGCAGUGUCAGGGCCACUGUUAGGAAACAAAGAGUUAAACUCACAGGUCGAUGUUUGAGAGUAAAGUUUGGAAUUUUCAGAAGAACAUAAGUGAAGAAUUGAGGAGAUAAUGUCAUGAUUACUCUACAAGGUCAAUGUUACAAAGCUCUUUAAACACUUCUCACUUCUCAUACCUUUGUUGUAUCAAGUCUGCUCAGACUUUCCCUCCGUUCCCUCUAAGAAUAAGACUUUGAAGCAUCUAUAAACAUGAUUUAUCCAAAAGGUUAAAGGUCGAGUUUACUGUGUUACACAGUGUCUCUUUUUUCUGGCCUUUAUUUCUGCCACGUGUUUGAGAGCGGUCGAUCUCAGGAACUUCAGGAGAGAAUAUCUUUACUUUAAAUGUUGAUUUGGAGUGAGGGAUGAAAAUGUCGAAUUUGAAGGUCAAAGGUCACCCUGAUGCAUCCCAUUCUAAUGAAGCUGAUACCUGAACAAGGCAUGAGGGAAGUUAUGAUGCUAUCUAUGAUUAAAAUGUACAAUCCCCUCUCACUGACCCUUAUGUGUUGGUAUGGGGAAAAAAACCUGGUUCUGUCACGGACAUGGUCAAAACUAGAAAACCUAAAAUGUUUAAAUGUAUCGAUGCUGCUGAGUCUCGUUGGUCCAGUGACAUAAAGUUAUGUGACACAUCACGUCAUGACAAAUGUACACCGAUUGUCUGAUAAAGUUUUGAUUAAGACUGAAUGACCAGCCAACAGAUAUUAAACUAAACAAAGAGGAACUGUGAUAGUCUGUUAGUGAGGACGGCUGAACUUGUAGAGGUCUAAAGUUUGGCUACAUUUUACCAAAGCUAAAAAAUAAGGAGGGGUAGAAAUGUAACUUGUGCUGAAAAAAUAAUUCUUGGAAAGAGGGAACACAACCUCUCUGACCGAGCACAUCAGUUAAACCAAAAUAAUACCAAACCUUUGACUUUGACUGUCUGGGCUGUUUGGGUUGAAUGAACUCCAGCUGAUGGACAGUCUUCCUCCUCCUCCACUCAGAGCAGCCGUGAUAACCACAAACAAAUUCUCCAGCAAGUCCUGUUAGUUAAAAAUAGUAAUGCUACAUUGAAAUCUGUGUGAAAUCAACGGGACAAAAACUAGUUAGUGAACUAAACGAGGCGGCAUAAGGUGACAUUAUGUGAUGUGUUCAUGGUCGGGUCAGAAAAACAGCAGUUGGGCAAAGAAAUGUCAUUAUGAUGUGUUCAAAUGUGACCCCAAGAAAAAGGAAGUUUCUGUUUUGGUGAGAAACUUGAUAAAAAUUAUUAUUAGAAGGAUUACAACUUUGAGAAAAUAAAAAUCUGCUCUGUUUUUCUGAAUCAAUGAUGCAUUGGGAAAAAAAAUCCAAAUUUAAGCUCUCAUUCAGGCCGCUUAAGAAAGGAAACACACAGCGACUGACUGAAGGGACAAUGAGGCAGUCGCUGAAAAACCUGUAUACCAAUGGAGAUAAACUGAGGUGCUGCAUCUCAUUACAUCUGAAAAACAAAGCAGAUUUUAUAUUUUUCAUUACUUUUUCUCAUAAUUCCAGGGUAGUUUUUCAUUAAUGGUAAAAAAAGAGAAACUGUUUUUUUCUCAGAGGAAUGCAUGCAAUACGACCAACAAUAUAAAACAGAUGGAACGGAUGGAAUUAUGACCUGUUUAUCUGCCUAACAUGAGCGUAUAAUUCAACCCACUGAUGCAGACUUUACAAAGCAACACAAAUAUAAAACGUCAAGCGUCAUGUUUACACAAAACAAUACAGAAGUGUUUAAAGUGGUAUCAGUAAAAAAAGAACGAUUUCCAUCCCUACUCAUGUGCCUGUUUCUUCUGCUCUGCUUGUUAGUUGCCCUUGUGUUAAGGCGCAUGUCUUUUCUUUUUCUCUGCAGUAAUGCAAAACUGCUAUCAAAUACAGAGUUUGUGCACACACAUCUGGCCAAUAAGGCUGAUUUAUAAUCUGUUACAAGAAGGUUCCACUGACGAUCACAUGCUCUGCAGAGGAACACAGAAAGAGGGAUGUUCUCUGGUGUUAUGUCCAAACACCAGGGAUACAACCUGUUAAAUGUUAGUCUGCUCGUGCUGUUGGUUUGUUUGAAAGGUUGUGUAUUGAUUCAGAUUUUUUGGAAACACUGAUGUAAACUUGAUCCUUACAUUCCCACAUUCACUAGCAGUUGGCCAAAGUUGUUGAUCAAAGUGUAAAAUCACAACUUUACUUUUAAACGUUCCGACUUUCUAUGACUUUAAUCUUCAGCAUUACAGCGUUGUUCAAAUCUUCUGUUUCUUUUUAACAGUGGCCCUGAUGCUGUUAUCGCUCUCCGUAUGGGGUGUUCAGGAAAAAACAACUGAUUCCAAAUAGGAAUUGAUGAAACCAGACCACCUCUGCUGAAAAAGCUUCUGUGGAGCUUUAGAAACGAGUCUGUCGUAGAGUUCAGAGGUCCUGUCUGGUAUGAAGAUCUCAAGUUUAGCCACUAAAAUAAAAAAACAGCUGCCUCAUCA